AUGCGAACAUGGCAACUCAGUCCCCUAGUCGUUCUUGCUAGUAUAGCACACUGGAUACUUCUUGCUGGAUAUCUUGUGAGACCUGGAACGUUCACAUCUCUCCAAAAGUCCGACACCAUCCACAAUGGCCUCGCCGAUAAUGAAGCAGGGGAGUGGAUUUUAAAUACUAUUCAGAAUCCUCCCCUUCUCGCAACGGCAUGUGUACUAUUUGUAUCAGGCUUGGCGAUCAUGAGCUGGCUGUUCUGGGAAUAUCAGGGGAAUUAUAUUUGGCUUACCAAUCGAAUCUUUGAUCCCACGCUUCUGAAUGCCUUAGCUGGCUUUCUCACUACGAUUAUCAGCCUAUACACUGCUCACGAUGGCGAUUGGUCUAUCAUGGUGCUUUUGACUGUGAUUACUUGCUCCCUCAUUUUGCUAUAUAUUGUAGUGGGGGACCCUGUCUCCCACUACGUAUUGACCUCGCCCGUCCUGUCAUUUACUGAGUGUUUGAUUAGGUAA